GGUCAGCAGGUCAUUUCCAUACAAGUCCUCACAGAAAUCGGCGUCUUUCGAAUUGUAAGGCAGUUUGCAACGACUUGAGUGCAAUUCAAACAAUGGUCGAUAGAAGUACGAAGAUGGAUGUCGUAGUGGUACCGGUGACAGUAGUGAAGGUAGAAGUCAAGCUGGUAGCAAACGCUAGCGCUUUUGCGACACUCUACAUAUAGCCAUGAUCUCAAAUUCAGAAUUGGUGAAAUAUAUCACGACAUUGCAAUGCUUUGACCAUUGCUUCCAACGCUAAGAAGCCUGUUUUCGUCUUUCGUUUAUUUGCCUGAAUCAUAGCUUCGAUGACAACCAUCACCGUGUCCCCGCUGGAAGAGAAGGUUUCCCAACUUGAACCUGUGGCUUCUCCGGCGAGACCUUCUACUCGUUCAGAUAACACACAGUAUGGCCUGAAAUUUGUAGGGGCGGCUGUGAGUAACAUGGUGGCUUCGGCUGUAAGCAACCCAUUAGAUAUCAUCAAGGUCCGACAGCAGCUUCGUACUCAGACACCAGGAGCUAGAGCAAAUGCAUUUUGGUCUGUAGGCCUCCAAAUGGCACGAACAGAAGGCAUAUCAAGCCUCAUGGGUGGUUUUACUGCCAGCAUGCUUCGAGAAAUUGUCUACUCCGGGUUACGAUUAGGUUCAUACGAAUAUUUUAAGGACAAGAUAUACACUGCGUCGAACGGUGCUCUGACGAAGGAGGGCCUAGGGCUGAAAGUUGUGGCAGCAAGUAUCGCCGCGGCAAUAGGAUCUGCGCUUGCCAAUCCAGCAGACCUCGUCAAAGUUCGAAUGCAAGCAUAUUACCCUGAAGGGAGACCUUAUCGUAACACGCCACAUGCAUUCGCAAGUAUAUGGCGUGAAGGCGGCCUGCGUUCUCUCUAUCGCGGCGUUGACGCGACAACCGUGCGGGGAAUUGUACUCUCAACUUCUCAAAUUUGCUCUUAUGACCAAGUCAAGCAAGUCCUGAAACGUCGAGGCAUCCUAGAGGAAGGGAUUGGUCUGCAUCUGACUGCUAGUCUGUUCGCCGGUUUGGUCUGCUCGAUCACAUCAAAUCCAGUUGACGUGGUCAAAGUCCGCCUCAUGACAGACAAGAACCGCCAACUCAAUGGGGUGCUCGACUGUAUUAAGAAAAUAAUAGUUAAUGAAGGCCCACUGGCUUUUUUCAAGGGUUUCGGAAUGUGUUGGGGACGUUUAGGAACCCAUACUAUCGUAAGCUUCAUAGCUUUUGAACGUAUCAGGCUAUUAUUUGGUAUAGAUCCAAUGUAAAUAGAAUGUAGACGACGUCGGGGGAUCGAUACCUGAAAACUUAGGCUGGAUGCCAAGGAACACUUC